AUGGAACUGCAAGCUCCGUCAUUGUUAAAUCCAAAGCUACGCUUGCUCUGUAGCUAUGGUGGCCGAAUAAUGCCCCUCCCACCCUCAAAAUCCCUGCAAUACAUCGGCGGCGAGACGCGCAUCAUCGCCGUUCCACGUGGCAUCUCUUUUCCAGCCUUCUUUGAGCUUCUCUCGAGGAAGCUUCUCCAUGGCCGCUCCUUCUCCCUCAAGUACAGGCUCCCUGGCUGCGACCUUGACUCUCUCAUCACCGUCGAUAGCAACGAUGAUCUACAGAACAUGAUCGCCGAGUGUGAUUCAACUUCUUUCCGGCGUAUUCGUCUCUUUCUCUUCCCGUUAAAUCACCCUGAGCCGAGUCACGCCGAGUCCACUCGAUGUUCUGUGUCGGUUAACCGGUUGCUAGGUCUGGAAGCGUCGAUCCAGAAAAUCUCCUUCACCUCCUCGUCUUCCGUUCUUCCAAUCCCGAUUUUCCCGCCAAGUAAUGGUACGGCGGCGCAGCGUGUCGAUCUUGAGAAGCUCGAUGCAACUGCUACGGAGGAGAAUCGGGUGAAGGACGAGGCUCCUCCUACAAGCUCCACCUCUUUGUUUUCGCCGGAAAACGCCACCGCCGCUGAUGCCGGAGGAAUUUCAGAUAAAGAAACAGAGAAAGUAGAGAUUCAAGAUCAACCACAGCAAGUUGUUCAAGAGCCUUCGCCACAGCAGCAGCACCGAUUGUUACCGGUAGUCUACUAUGUACCAGUCUGGCCGAUGCCGCCACAAAUGGUUACUCAUCAAGUGAGUUCUUACGCAUUGUCUCCGGCGACGGAAUAUUCUUCUGAGUUAGAUCCGGUGCCGGGAAAUAAGGAAAACGGGACCUGA